CAGGUCUUUUUCUCAUUCUUUUUAUAAGCGGUAUAAUUGUCUGAUGCCUUGCAUGGCUUAAGGUCCUUUAGUAUCUUAGAUAAUAUCUGAAAGCAGUUUCUCUACGUCAUCGUGGAUAAGGUCGUCUACAUCUUAACCUCCCCUAUACAUCAUCGAGUUAUUCAGACCCAAAAUCCGGGAAAAAAUGGCAUUGGGUGCUUACUUGUUCUUUCUUGGUUGCUUACAUCCAUAGACAUCCAUCUUUGAAGCAUCAAUCUUGUUGCAGCUUCUAUAAUUUGUUUCGGUCUUGUCUCCUUUAAUUACCAAAUCUUGCCACACAAGAUAUAUAUAUGUAUAUAUAUAUAUACAUGGCAAUCACCAUUAAAGAGUCAGAACAUCUUAGUAUAUCCUUUCACGACAUAGAUGUAGCAACGGAAAAGUUCAAAACAGUCCUCGGGAAAGGUGGGUAUGGGUUUGUUUACAAAGGUGAACUUUUGCUUUCGGGUAAACUUACCACCGUUGCUGUAAAGCGACUAAAUAGUAACACUUCUGAUCAAGGUUUCAAGGAGUUCUUAACUGAAAUUAAGUUGCUUUCUCGCUAUAAACACCCAAACCUAAUCUUGCUUCUUGGUUAUUGCGAAGAAGGUAAUGGAAAAAAUCCUCAUUUAUGAACAUGCGGUGUAUGGAAGCCUCGAUAAGUAUCUUAUAAGGAGUGACACAUCGUCUUCUUCACUCUCGUGGACCCAACGGAUUAAUAUAUGCAUUGAUGCAGCCCGUGGUUUGGAUUAUCUCCAUAAUCAUGUUGGGAAAUCUCAUAAAAUUAUCCACAGGGAUAUUAAGAGUGCAAAUAUAUUGUUGGGUCAGAACUGGAAAGCUAUGAUUUCGGAUCUUGGCUUAUCUAAAAUUGGCCUUUCAAAUGAAAAUGACAGUUAUCUCAUUACAAAUGCCUGCGGCACACAUGGUUAUUGCGAUCCAGUAUAUAGGGAUACAGGAAUUCUCACUAAAGAGUCCGAUGUUUAUUCGUUUGGGGUGGUAUUGUUUGAAGUCUUGUGUGGGAGAUUGUCUUUCAUGAAUGUACCUAAUGAGCAACGAUUUCUAGAUCGUUUGGCCCCACGUUACUAUGAGACAGGAAGAUUAAAUGAGAUUAUUGAUGUUGAACUCAAGGAUCGAAUCAGCUCAACCUCACUCAACAUAAUUGCUGAUAUUGCUUAUCAUUGUUUACAGAAUGAUCGAGAGAAACGACCAUCAAUGAGUUUGGUUGUAGAGAAACUUGAGGAAGCCAGGGAAUCACUAAAUGAACUGGAAAAACGACCGUCAAUGGAAGUGCCUGCAGUACUUCAAUUAGAAGAACUGAAAGAAAAAACUUAUAAUUUUGGACAAAAGGCGUUGAUUGGUGAAGGCUCAUACGGAAGAGUUUAUUUUGCAACUUUAAAUAAUGGAAAAACAGUGGCUGUGAAAAAGCUCGAUGUUUCUACUGAAGCCGAAUCAGAUAACGAGUUCUUGACUCGGGUCUCAAUGUUCUCAAAUCUGAAGCACGACAAUCUUAUAGAGUUAGUUGGUUACUGUGUUGAGGGAAAUGAACGUGUCCUGGCUUAUGAAUUCGCAACCAUGGGAUCUCUACAUGAUAUAUUACAUGGCAGGAAGGGUGUGAAAGGAGCACAACCAAGGCCUGUGCUUGAUUGGAUGCAACGGGUAAGAAUUGCCAUGGAUGCAGCAAGGGGAUUAGAGUACUUGCAUGAAAAGGUGCAGCCUUCGAUAAUACACAGAGAUAUUAGGUCUAGCAAUGUGCUCUUGUUUGAAGACUUAAAGGCUAAGAUUGCAGACAUCAAUCUGUCCAAUCAGUCACCUGACAUGGCUGGUUAUUUGCAUUCUACUCGUAUUUUGGGUACCUGUGGCAAUCAUGCACCAGAAUAUGUAAUGACCGGACAGCUAACACAGAAGAGUGACGUGUAUAAUUUUGGUGUUGUUCUUCUUGAGCUUCUAACUGGGCGGAAGCCUUUUGAUCACACAAUGCCACGUAGACAGCAGAGUCUUGUCAGUUGGGCUACUCCGCUGCUAAGUGAAGUCAAGGUUAAACAAUGUGUAGAUCCAAAGCUCAAGGGAGAGUAUCCCCCGAAAGCAGUUGCAAAGUUGGCAGCUGUGGCAGCGUUAUGUGUUCAGUAUGAGUCUGAGUUUAGACCUAACAUGAGCAUUGUAGCGAAGGCUCUUCAAUCACUCCUAAAAGCUUCUGCAGCUGCACCAGCACCGCAAAUAUAAGCCAUGGGUGAGGCAACAGAGGCAGAAGUGUAGUUAACAACAAUGAGUCAUGGUGAUUGGUCAUCAACGUAAUGGGAAAUUCUGCAGGUCCACCAUAUAUAAGCCAUGGGUGAGUACAUCUGUAGAUUACGCCUCCAGCUACAUUCAUAUACAAGCACAUACAUACAUAUACGUAUAGGAUUUUAUCCAUUUGAUUGGUGCAUCUGAGAAAUACUUUUACCGCUGCGUGUUGUUUGUUCAUUUUUCAAGAAUACAGGGAUAGUUGGAAUAUGAUCAUGUGGUGAUUCGUUAAAUUACAUGAGAGUUUUGUA